AUGGAUCCAAGGUUACAGCCCUACUCACGACGGUCAGAUGAACUUAGCAUUGAAGAGAACUGUUUACUUUGGGGAACACGUGUGAUAAUAUCGCAAAAAUUACAGCCGAGAGUUCUAGCAGAUCUUCAUGAAAACCACCUGGGUUCAAAUCGAAUAAAGGCAUUAGCUAGAUCGUAUAUCUGGUGGCCGAGUUUGGACAUGACGUUGGAAGAAUUGUGCAAGAAAUGUGAAAUUUGCCAAAGUCUGAGGAAUAAACUGCCUGCUGGUAUUCCUCAUCCAUGGAUGUAUCCCACAGCACCUUGGGAGAGAGUUCACGCAGAUUUUGUGGAGUCGGAAGGUCAACAUUAUCUUAUUAUGAUUGACACUUACUCGAAAUGGUUGGAGGUGCAUGAAAUGGGCACUAGUACAACGGCUAGUAGGACAAUAGAAGUGAUGAGGCGAGUUUUUAGUUUUCAUGGCAUUCCAAGAUGA